AUGAAGGGCAAGCGCUCUCGGCGCGUCGACCUCGAGAACGAAGUGUCUGUGACGGACGAGUGGGCUACUGUCUUAUCCUGCGAUGCGUCAAAGGCUGGGCUGCGCACCAACUCAUCAGUUGCGAGGCUCGAGAUGAAGCUCAGCACGGAUGUCGCCGGAAUCUCGAUCGCCUCACAGUCCGCCGACACGGAUGGCACGCUGAAGCUCGGCUACGUGGACGACAGUGUCAGCCUGGAGGACCAGGUUGAGGUCCUGCCUCUCUUUCCGACCAAGAAUGGCACCAGCACCGGCUGCGAAGUGACCCUCAAAUGGAGUCGGGAGAUCGAGCAGGGAGGUGUCGCGCAGACAGUUGAGAUCAGUGUAAGCUGGCCAAUCACACUGAAGAGACAGGAGAAGGAGCUGUGGACACAGAUCAACCAGAUUGUCGUUUAUGCGGACAAGGAAGCGAUGGACCAGGCGAAGCUGGGCGAGACGUUCGAUCCCGACACCGUGACAGGGAGUCCAUCGGCCGCUUCGUCGCCGACUGCUCAGUCCCAGCCUACCGCAGGUCAGACGAGGUCCGUGGCGCCCUCAUCUUCCGCCUCCACUUCCCCGCCGGCUUCCGCAUCAUCGUCAGCGGUUGAGGCGAAACCUGACACUGAGGCUGUAGAGGCUGGUCAGAGCUCGGGAAGCACUCUUGUUUACAGUGUGUGGGGCCUGGUUGUGUCUGCUAUGCUGGCUCUUGUGGUGUAG